UAUCUCACGUUGCGAACCUUCCUCGCUGUCAUUGUUACCCUGUCUUCUGAUCCGCUCUGGCUGCGCAUCAUCAUGGGUUCCACCACCACCUCCAGUAGCCGACCCUAUCAUGUCGUUGUUUUCGGGGCCUCAGGCUUCACAGGACAGUUUGUCGUGGAGGAAAUCGCCCGCACCUCUGCCGAGGGUCCGAAGGGGACUUUGAAAUGGGCGAUCGCCGGAAGAAACCACCAGAAGCUGGAAUCGAUUCUGGAUCAGGCCGCAGAAAUACUCAGUAAACCAGAGUUGAAGUCAGAAGUGGAUAUAAUAGUAGCAGAUGUUGGGGAACCAGAUGCCUUGGCUGCUAUGUGCAAACAAGCCGUCAUUAUUCUGAACUGUGUGGGACCAUACAGGUUUUACGGUGAAAACGUUGUCAAAGCAUGUAUAGAGAACGGGGCACACUGCGUCGAUAUCAGCGGCGAACCUCAGUUUUUAGAGGGGAUGCAACUUAACUACCACAGUCAGGCCGCAGAGAAAGGCGUUUACAUUAUUGGGAGCUGUGGAUUUGACUCCAUACCUGCCGACAUGGGAGUGCUGUACAUCCGGAACCAGUUCAAAGGAACCUUGACUGCCAUUGAGAGCUUCCUGUCCAUAAACGCUGGGCCUGAGGGGGCCUGCAUCAAUGACGGCACCUGGCAGUCCGCCAUAUAUGGCGUGGCGGACAGCGACAAGCUAAGGAGGCUGAGGAAGAAAUUUGGCCACGCGCCUCUUCCUGUGGUCGGGCCAAAACUCAAGAGGAGGAACCCCCUGUUCUUCAGUAAGGAGCUUGAGCAGUACGCUCUUCCUUUCAUGGGGUCAGACCCAUCAGUGGUCAAGCGAACGCAGCGAUUCUUGCAUGAAGAGUACAAAGAGUCCCCAGUUCAGUAUGGUGCAUAUAUUGGAGUCGGCGGCAUCUCCUCUGUCGUCAGAUUGCUUUUUGGAGCUGUAAUCUUCUUCUUUUUGAUGAAGUUCAACUUCGGUAGAAACCUCCUACUUAAGUUUCCUGAAUUCUUCUCCUUUGGCGUUUUCACAAAGACUGGUCCGACUAGAAAGCAGAUGGAAAGUUCUUCAUUCUGCCUGACGUUUUUCGGGGAAGGCUACACUGAGGGAGAGGACAUCUCGCAGGGAAAGCCCAACGCCAAGAUACACACACAGAUUAAAGGACCGGAGGUCGCCUAUGUGACAACACCGAUCGCUAUGGUACAGUCAGCUUUCACAAUCCUCAACGAACCACAGUGUCUCCCCAAAAAGGGAGGGGUCUAUUCUCCCGGAGCAGCUUUUUCAAAAAGCACCUUGAUCGAGCGCCUGGACAAACACGGCAUCCAUUUCUCUGUGAUCCAGAAACCGGAGGCCUGAGAGCCUUGUCCGCCUGCCUGUUCCCCAUAUCGUGAUGCCAACCCCUCCUACAGAAGCUCCUGUGCCUCGGCUUGCACAACGUAAACAGACCGUGUACAGACUUCAGCAUAUAGCGUGGUGACUCAUGGUAAAUAAAUAACAGAUAAUCUGCUCAGUGUUACACCAUUCAUGUAAUUAACAGGAGUAGGCUUUCUUGUUUUCUUUUGGCAGUGUUUUGCAGUGUGUACACAAUUUCAGUCCUAGUAAACCAUGCCCCUUAUUGUGAGCUCAUCAACUGGAGGGAUUUAGGCUAGCAUUGUGAUUGGCUGUAGAAAACAAAACCCCAACAGAGAACCGAUCAGAUAGUCAUGAACUGUCCAGCUGUAUUUUAAUACGUAGGUUAGCUACAUUAAUAGGGUAGUUUUGUAGUUUUCAUGUGACCUUAGUCUAUGGUAACUGAAUUACACCUGUUGGCUAUAGGGGAAAAAAAAUGAAAAACUGAAAGAAAUGGUUGACCAGCUAAUUCCUGUUUUUCACUUUCUAACGUUAACAUUCAUACAAUAGAUAUCAGAAAGAAUAGAAUGUUUCACUAGCCUAUAAUUGCAAUUCACCCCUACAGAAGCAAACGCUAUAAAUGCAACAAAUGAACAUCAGCAUUGCUGUUUCACAUAUUAGACCUAUUAGCUAGAAUUACGAUAUAUUUUAUGUUUGCGGCAAUGUAAACUGAGAGGGUAAUCUACCUGCAUUUGUCACACCAAUAUUAUCUCAAACUUCAGUACAGGCAGGACUAGGGAAAGUCACAUAAACUUCAGUUGAUAUACAAACUGUUGAUGCUAAAUAUAUUAAAGGGCAGAAGUGCAUGUCGGUGCAAGGAAUGCUGGCGUAAAUGCAAGUUGUAUGUACAAAUCAACAAUAAAUAGUGAGUUAUUUACAUUUAUGUGGUAAUGGGGCAGGGUACUGAGGUAUGAGUGGGUAAUGUGGGGGGGUAGCCCAGUGAAAUCAGUGACAGCCCCCAUUAUUAGUCACUUAGAGAUUAUUUACUGUUGCUCAUAAAAGGAAUAUUAUAGACACACUUGCCAAAUUUAUUUUCUAAGCUUUAAUGCUGUUAUCUGUUAUUGAUCAUGAACCAAACAUUAAAGCGUGGUUUUAAAAAAAAUAUUACAAUAAAGUUACCAGCUAUCGGUUGCAAAAGCUGGCCGGCACAACGCAAGUCAAUGAAAAUGAUUGCUUGGUAAUGGCUAAGAUUUUGUCUGGAACUGGAAAUUGCAAACACACUGUUUCCCACUGUCUGUGCAUUGCUCACCUUCCAGUAUGAGGAUCCAUUCAAAGUUCUGUUUUUGAAGGAUUACCUAACUCACGAGGAGAGCAUGAGAUUCAGUUUGUCAGUUUACUAAUUUGUUCUGUGCUGAUUGAGUUGUAGACAGACCCAGGUACCUUUUGUCUUGCUGUCGAUGCAGACCAUUUGUACUGCAUGGUUUUCUUUUAAAUGUCCCUUUAUUAUAAUUUUAUGAUCAAAAUGCACUCGGCUCGUAGUAGAAAAUAAUAUUACUGCUCAUGUAAAGAAUAGAAAUUAGAGGUUUGUGGUAUUAGCAGCUGUUGAACUUGCACAACCCAUUCUGCAGCUGAGCGAGAGCAUGUCUAAAUGCGAUGAGCGGUCAAGCUUUACUUCUCUUUGUGAUGUGAUCAGCAGACUGUUCUGUCCUGAUCGCUGAUCUCUCUGGGUUUGUUUGCAGUAUUGCACCUGUUUCGUGAGUUAUUUUCCAACUAAAUAAAGAUUGUAUAACCUA